AUGUCCAAACUUUUUGGUCUAUGGAAUGUCGAACAAACAAAGGCUUCAUUAUGCGAACCCAAAUCAAAAGGAGGAGCCGGAUUAACCAUAGAACAAGCACAGCCUUUAUACGAUGCAAAAUUUGAUGGGAAAUCUCUUUCAAAGAUUGUCGAGGAAAUUAUUAAGAAGAGAAAUGAACAUUUAUCCAUUGAAAGAGAAAUUCAACACGCCACAAAUUUCAUAACAAGCAACAAGGACUUUGUUUCAGUACCAGAAUCCACUUGUAAAACUGUUGCUGAAUGGGUUGUGGAGUUGAUAAGAGGUAAUUUCAUUACGAUAUCAUCCGAUUUGCUUGAUCGUUGGAAGCAUCGGUUGGAAGGCGAAAUAUCUGAACAAUUAAGAAAGGAAAGAACAAAUCCCAAAUAUGAUUACCUCCGUAAUUUACAUGAUCCAACCAACAUGGAAAAACUGGAAAAAUUAAUUGGAACAAAUAUUCAACUCCCUAUCUUUGAAGAUGAUUUACUUCCAAAAAACUUAGAUCCAACAGCUAAAUAUGUUUUGACUCGUCAGCAAUUUGAUAUGCUGAAAAAGGUUGUUGCUGGUGUCGAAGGUUUUUUUUUCUCAGGUCCUCCAGAGAUUUCAAAAUCAUAUACACUUUAUCUCAUUGCUGCCUAUGCCUUUGUGAAUUCAAUUCCAGUACUCUAUGUUACGAAUUGUGCUGUUUGGAAGAACAAUUACAUUAUAGAUAACAUUCCUGGUGCCAAUAAGUAUUUGCUUCGACUAUUUUUAUCAUUGAAUAGUGACAUUUUUUCUUGUGACAUAAUUUCGAAAUUGGAGCAAUCAGGUGAUAUUGUUUCAUAUUUGAGCCAAUAUGUUGCAAAAGAUCAACGAGUGUUCUAUUUGUUUGACGAACAUGAUGAAUUGUUCAGACCUUACGACAAUGGCAAAAUGAUGGCAAGAGAGUUUUAUUUCCAAAAUUUUUCAAGAUGGACAUGCUCUACGAGAGGCAUACAUACAAUGACCAUAUAUUGUGGAAGUCUUUUUGAAGAAUAUUUACCUGUAGGAGAGAGUUCAAAAAUAGUUAGAAUUGAUCCUCCAACAGAAAAAGAAUUUAAUUUACUUGUUACUGACUUCGGUUUGGAUCCAAAGGAUAAAAGAAUUGAUUAUGUGACAGGAAGAAUUCCUGGAGAUUUGAGAAAAUUGGCCUUCUUUCUGCAAGGUAAAAAGGGUACAGACGAAGAUUUUAAUCAAUUCAUCACUGAAACAAAGAACGAAUAUAAUCUUAGAUUGAAUGUUUUAUUAGAUGAAAAGCUGGAUGGAAUGGAAAAGGAAUUCUUUCUCAAAGCACUUGAACGCCUUUUUACACUCGGUUUCAAUGAUGGAAGAAUUGUAUACGUUAGCCCUGUUGUUUACGAUCUGGGUUUCAUGUUCAAAGAUCGUGACCACAAUCUUUUUAUUAUGAAUGAGCCUGCGAAGCGAUGUUUAUUCCAAUAUUAUUGUGAAAAAAUUCAAAAUCGUGUCGUAUCUUGUAUACCAGGAUCUGAAAAGUUUGCUUUGUUUCAACGGAAUUUGAUCACCCAAGAAUACAAGAUUGGAAAACAUUUUGGAAAAUUCUAUGUCACAAAUAUGAAUAAUUAUGAAAUAGAUAUGGAAAGAAAUGAUAUAAAAAUUGGAGAGGAUGUGUUUAGAAAUGAUGGUACUGAUGAUAAUGUUAUAGGUUAUGAAUCUGCUUCGGUUGUUAACUCAUUUCCUUUCCAAAAUUUGAAAAAUAUGAACUCAUUUAUGAAUAAUCGGAAAUCACUCUAUUAUACAUCUCUAUCAUAUGAAAUUAAUACACACCAGAGCUUUAGUCUGAAAGAUAUACAAAUUCUGAAUAAGAGAAAUUAUCCAAAAGGAACAGGAGUACUAUUCAUUCCAGAGUCUGAACUUUUCCCCUGUUUUGACUAUGCUAUUAUUAAGUAUGGUGAUGAAGCAGUAGAAAUAUAUUUGAAACAGACCACAAUUUCUACUGUUGAUUCUCAUUAUUGCAAAGAUUCCAAAUGUUCAAAAACUGAUUUUGAUAAUCUAAUAACCCAACAAUAUAUAAUUGAUGAAACAAAUAUAGCUAAAACCACAACAUUAGAACUACCAAAGAAAUAUCUAUUUUCCUUGCUUGAAUUGAUUUUUCAUGCAAUUGUUGAUGAUGGAAAAAUUGAAAAGGUUGUGACAAAAGAUAAGGAUGAAGAGCUAUAUUUGAAACCUAAAAAACAGGAAUUACAGAUUUUCAAAGGCGGAAAUAUUUUAAAAUCAGUUACAUAUGAUGGUAUGCAAAUUAUUUGGCACUAUAUUUAUGAAUCGGGUGCAAACUCCUCUGAACAAUCUGUGAAGAAAGUUAAAGAGCAUGGCAUUCUUUACAGAAAUAGAGAAGAAAUUGAAAAUCAAAUGAAGGUGUUUUUUGAUGAUGAUCGUGGUAGAACCGAACUUCAUAAAUAUUAA